AUGUCAUCCCUUCUCACAAUUCUCGGCCUCUCAGCCCCAGCAGGCCACGGCCUCCCCAACCGCGCCAUCCCCUACCUCCUCUUCAACUGGUUCUACGCCUACGGCAUCCUCAGCACGCGGCCCGCGAAACGUCUCCUCCGUAUCGACCACAACGUCGCUCCCCGAGAAGACCUCCAAGUCUAUGGCGAGGCAGCAGUGCAAGCAGGGAAGAUCACCCGCAGACAACUGAAUCGACUCAAGCGACAGGAGGCAGCGCAUGCGAAUGCCGUCGAGGGAUUCCCGCUGUUCGUGGCGGCUGGUGCGUGA